UCCAUAAUUCGGAGCACGCUCCUGUGUGCAGAGUCCUACGCGUUGAGACCCUGCGCUUCAUCAUCGUCAUCACCGUCGACCCCUUUGUCCGUCUCGGUUUCGAGGGAAACACGAGUUGCCAGAUCUCCCGGAUCCGCCCCUUCCCCGACCCGAAUCGCGCGGAGAUGGACGCCGGCGGCGCCGACCUGAGGAGCAGCAUCAAGAAGUGGAAGAUCAUCUACCCGGUGUACCUCAACUCCAAGAAGACGGUGGCCGAGGGCCGCCGCAUCGCCGCCGCCAAGGCCUGCCCCGACCCCACCUGCAUCGAGAUCGCCGACAGCUGCGCCUACCUCAAGAUCCCUCGCGCCAUUGAGUUGGAUAAGGCAUACCCGCGGGAUUUCUUCCAGGUGGGGAGGGUGAGGGUGCAGCUCACCAAUGAUGACGGCUCCCCAGUCAACCCUGCAAUCACAACAAAGAAGCAGCUAAUGAUCCAAAUAGCAGAGCUGGUCCCCAAGCAUCAUGGGAGGACUAAGAAGCAGGAACCAGUGGCAGGUCCAUCAGUUACAACUACUAACAAGAAAAAUAAGAAGAAGAAGUAGCAUUCUGUGUUGUUUUUCUGUUCAUAGAAAGUUUUCUAGAAAAUUCGUCAGAGGGAGUUCUUGGCUGUCUGUCUGCUAUGAGGCCUGAAAAACUGUGAAUUUUCUGAAUUUCUUAUUUUAUAUGGUGACUUCUGCAACCGUUUUUCUUGUGGCCUUGAAAGACUAAAAGUGGGAACUACCUACUGUUGUUUGCAGCA